AUGUGGAUCGUCAACUGGUUUUACGAUGUUCUGGCUUCGCUUGGCCUUUUGAACAAGCAUGCCAAGCUCCUUUUCCUCGGUCUGGAUAACGCCGGCAAGACUACCCUGCUGCACAUGUUGAAGAACGACCGUGUUGCUGUGCUCUCCCCAACCGCCCACCCUACUUCCGAGGAACUGGCUAUCGGUAACAACCGCUUCACGACCUUUGACCUGGGUGGUCACCAGCAGGCCCGCCGUCUCUGGAAGGACUACUUCCCCGAAGUUAGCGGUAUCGUUUUCCUCGUCGACGCCAAGGACUACGAGCGCUUCCCCGAGUCCAAGGCCGAGCUCGACGCCCUCCUCGCGAUGGAAGACCUGGCCAAGGUCCCCUUCCUCGUUCUCGGUAACAAGAUCGACCACCCCGACGCUGUCAGUGAGGAUGAGCUCCGCCACCAGCUUGGUCUCUACCAGACCACUGGCAAGGGCAAGGUUCCUCUCGAGGGAAUCCGUCCCAUCGAGCUGUUCAUGUGCAGUGUUGUCAUGAGACAGGGUUAUGGCGAGGGUAUCCGCUGGUUGUCGCAAUACGUCUAA